CAUUUUUUUUGUAUGUUGAAAAUUCUCUUGAAAAUCGAAGAUAAAUAUUAUGGCCACUAUACCAUCAACAAUAGUAGCUAAAAAAUUCACUAAAGAAUUAGUGCCAUUUGAACGAUAUAAUUGGCUUUAUCAUUUACAUUUUGUACAAAAUGAUUAUGAUGGAUGUAUUGAACAGAUGAAUCGAUUACAAGUUGAAAGUGAAUAUUGUAUAUUUCUAAAAGGUUUAAUUAAAUUACGUCAAGGUGAUGCUAAAAGUGCACUACAACAAUUUAAUUUAUUAAAAUCGAUCAAUAAUACAACAUAUAUUAAAUCGAUUGCAAGAUGUUUGUUAAUAUUGGGUAAACAUCAAAAUGUUUGUGAUAUAAUCAAAGAGGCUGGUCUUAAAAUUGCCCAACAUGAUUGGGAAUUAUGGACUUUGUAUGGUUAUGCAUUACUUUACAUGGGUUCAACAUUACAGGCAAAAGAAGCAUUUCAAAAUGCAUUACAAAAUACUUGCCAAGUGGAACCAUUUAUCGCUUUGGCUAAAUGUCAGAUUGCUGAAAAGGAUUAUAAAUCGGCCAUUUUUGUUCUACGAAGAGCUACCGAAAUAUCACCAAAUGAUCUACAUUUGGCAACGAAAUUAGGCAUUUUAUUGUAUACGACAGGAAUUGUUUCAAAAGGUAUCGAAAAGAUUUAUGAGGCUGAUGGACAAACAAAUACUCCUGAUUUAGCAUUAACAAUUGCUAUGGGUACAAUUUUACAAGAGAUCAAACAAGAUAUUGAUGGUGCAUUUCAACGUUAUCGACAAUCAAAUGUUUUUGAAUGUCCAAUACUUUGGAAUAAUUUGGGCAUUUGUUUUGCAAGCAAAAGCAAAUAUGUUGCCGCUAUAACCUGUUUGAAACGGGCAUUCUUUUUACAUCCAUUAGAUUGGCGAAUCAAUUAUAAUCUCGGCCUUAUUAAUCUUAAAUUAAAACAAUAUGCAAGUUCAUUUCAAUUCUUCAAAAAUACUGUAGCCUUCUGUACAGUACCGAAUCCAAAUCUAUUAACAUUGCUUGCAAUAUGUCUAGAAUUUUUGAAUGAUAUACCGAAUUCAAUGCAAGCACAUCAAGCUGCUUGUAAAUCAAUCGAAACAACUGGUGCAAUUUCAUUGAUCAAUUAUGCUGUAUUCUUAUCCACCAAUGAUUAUGAAUCAAAUAGAGAAAAAAUAAUCGAAAUAAUGAUGGAAUUUGAAAAAUGUUGGCUAAAACGAAAAAAUAAUAGCAGUGAAUUUGAUGAUAAUAUUAUGAAAACUGCAACAGCAUUGGCAACCCAAUUAAAUAUUUCAACUCAUCUUUCCUGGUUGAAACCAAAAGAACUACCACCAUCAUCAUCAUCAUCAUCAUUACAGAAUUGAUUUUGAUAAUUUGAAAAUAGACAAUGUCAAUGACUUUAACCCUGACAAAUUUUCUACAAUAUAGUCAUUGCUCUCCAAAUAGAU